AGCUUACUCACAACUACUUUCACCGCUCUUACACUACUGUACUUCAGCGUUCGCGCUCUCACCCAGUGACGAUGGAAAUGGACGUUCGGUACUUCAGCGUGUGGGACUACGUGGUGUUCUCCGUGAUGCUGUGCGUGUCGGCGGGGAUCGGGCUGUACUACGCAUGCACGGGAGGCAAGCAGAGCACGCAGAAGGAGUUCCUCAUGGCAGAUAAGUCCAUGUCAACGCUGCCUGUGGUCAUGUCCCUGUUAGCCUCCUUCGUGUCCGCCAUCACGGUACUGGGGAGUCCCGCGGAGGUGUACAGAAACGGCACCAUGUUCUGGUUCUUCGCGGUGUCAGGGUCCCUCAGCAUGGUGCUGGUAGCGAGGCUAUUCGUGCCGACCUUCUACAACCUGGGGCUGACAAGCACCUAUGAGUACCUCGAAAUCCGGUUCUCGAAGCCAGUUCGUUUACUUUGCACCGUCCUCUUUGUGAUCAACAUGCUGGUGUACAUGGGCCUUGUUCUGUACACGCCCUCUCUGGCGCUUAACGCAGUGACUGGCCUGACUCUUUGGGGAGCAGUCCUAGGAAUGGGAUUCGUCUGCACGUUCUACACAGCCCUGGGCGGCAUGAAGGCCGUGAUGUGGACAGACACGUUCCAGGUGUUUGUGAUGGUGGCGGGGUUUCUGGCCGUCAUCAUCCAGGGGACUAUAGAGGCAGGCGGGCCGACUCGCGUCUGGGAACUCAACAGGCAGGGACAGAGGCUAGAGUUCUUCAAUUUUGACCCCGACCCGCGAGUCCGGCACACGACGUGGAACAUCCUGGUGGGAGGAACGUUCUUCCGAUGCGCCAUGUACGCAGUGAACCAGGCACAGGUGCAGAGGUACCUCAGCUGCCCGUCCAUCAAAAAGGCACAGCAAGCUCUCUACUGGAACAUCCUGGGACUGAUUAUGUUCAUCUUCUUCGCGGUCCUGAGUGGAAUGGUGAUGUACGCACGGUACUUCAACUGCGACCCGAAGACUAUGGGGUACAUUCAGAACUCUGACCAGAUGAUGCCGUACUUCGUAAUGGACAUCCUCAGCCAGUUUCCGGGCAUGCCCGGCCUCUUCACGUCCUGUGUGUUCAGCGCAGCCCUCAGCACCAUGUCCUCGGGCCUGAACGCGCUUGCCGCCGUGGCGCUGGAGGACUUCGUCAAGCCCUGCUUCCCCAACCUCAGCGACGAGAGGUACACCUGGAUAUCGAAGGUUCUAGCGAUGGCUUUCGGUCUGUUGACGAUCCUGAUGGCUUUCAUCGCCUCUUACCUGGGCCCGGUGUUCUCCGCUGUCAUCAGCCUGUUCGGCAUGAUCGGCGGCCCGAUCCUCGGCAUCUUCGUGCUCGGCAUGAUGUUCCCCUGCGCUAACAAAUGGGGAGGUCUUGUAGGCCUUGUAUGCAGCCUUGUCCUGACCCUAUGGAUUGGGAUGGGCGCGAUCGUGUGGCCGCGGGCUCGGGCUAUGCCGCCAGUCUCCACCGAAGGGUGUUCCGCUAACAUCACGGCAAACUUCACCUCGAGCUCCACCAUGUCGACUAUGGCAAUGGCUCAGUACAGCGUCACCACUCCGGCCGGACCCACAGAUAACGGAUACCCCCCUGAAGCCGCGCUGUACGAGCUGUCUUACGUCUACCUCGGAGCGGUGGCAACCCUCAGCUGCGUCAUCGUGGGACUCCUGGUGAGCUUCGUCACAGGCUCCCAGGACCCGAAGACAGUGGACCCCAGACUGAUCGUCCCGUUCUACGACAGCAUGUUCUGCUGCCUGCCCAACAGCUGGCUGGAGUGGCUGCGCUGUGGGGUCAGGCAUGGGGAGGAGGAGAAGGAAGCUGUAGACAUUCCAAUGACGACAGCCACUAGCAACCCGACAUUUUCUUUAGGGGAGGACACGAAGGAACAAGGAGGUUCUUGGAAGGAGGAGAACGGUGUCUCACACCUCAGUAAUGGUCACCACAUAGUCGUGGAUGAAGAAGGAACCAACCUUUAAUCCUAUCCAGACUGGGCUUUUUUUGGCAUUCCCUGACCUGUAAACUUAGUCUAUUUUUUGUAAAUUGUUGCCAACA